GAUCUCGAGGCAUCCCAGGGUGCUGUGGCAGCCUGGUUGAGAAGGGCACGCAAGGGAACCCUAUAUGUAACCUUUAUCCUCCCCAGCCUGAAUGAGCAGGCAUCUAUUUACAACAGUCUCAAGCAGGGGCAGUCUUCAGGAGAAGUUGAGACCCGUGGUGCUUAAGGUUUUGGCCCUGUGGGUCAGUUGAAUACCACAGGACUAGUCUGUGGACCAGAUAGAGCGUAUACCAACCUCAAGUGCCAGGUUCUGGUUUUGGGGCCCUGCACCACCCCUGCCCAGCCCAGUGUGCCAGGAUUGGGCCCCAUGCAGGACUGUGGAUCCAUGGAGAGACCUGCAGGCUGAGCACCCCUGGUCUAGACUCUACAGAGAACCUUAAACUCACACCUUUACACUUAACUACUCUGCCUUGGUGCCCCUCCUUUAAAAAGGCUUCAGGUGGAAGCGACACCCCAUAGUGCUGGGCUCAUAUAAACAAAGUAAGAAAAUACUUGUGUUGGAGUGCCGCUCUCCACAAUAGUGGACAUAACCCUACUUGAAUUAACCUGUACCAAGCAGAGGUGAUUAUGGUUUUGUACACUCCUGUUUCAUUCCUGGUCUUCAACAUGUCUCACAUUUUAGUCCUGACCUUCCUUGGAGCAGAGACUUACAAUCAGGCUAACCCAUGACACUGGUGGGAGGAAAAAGAGGUGCUAAGAUGAGACUACAAAGGCAGUUUUUUGCCUAGAGCUUAAGUCAAGGUCUAAGGCUCAAAUUUUGGGUCUCUGAGAGUAGAUGGCAAAAGCAUUAAAUUUACAUCACAUGCCCAAUCCUAACGUGCCUUCAGUCUAGGCUCCAGCUAGAUUGUUGUGGAAUGUUGUCCUGGGCCUGUUUAACAGAUUCAUUGUACUGCAAUUUGCUCUAGUUAAAAAUGGCAGCCAGGGUUAUGAGCCAGUAGAUAUGUGGCUGAACUCGUCUGUGAAGCUUGUCAAGUUUGGGUGUGGAGGGAGGAAGAGUAGGAAAAGUGGUGGGAGAGAGAGACAGGAUUUACUUGUGGUUUCAGACAUUUCCAUGACUAGAUAAUGGAUUGUUAUGUCGCUUGGUUUGCCUUAGGGUUGUCAGCUGCUGAAAUGUGGACUACAAUAACAGUGCGUCAGCUGAAUGCUGCAUUGGCUAAUACACUCUGCCCAUGUUAAUAGUAGCACUGAACUUCUUUCCUAACAUGAGCAAUAUUUUAGCAGCAAGAUUGAGUACUUCCUUCAUUGUUAAUAUCCCUAAGUGUAUCUCCUCCUCUCACUAUACACCCACUACCAUCAGACCAGCAAUAGCUGUUCUUGGUGAGACAGUUGGCCUGCCAGCUGUGACAGACACCAACCAGAUCAGAUCCCUCCGCAACUUCACUGAUGCCCCCAUUUACUAUGCGGGAGAAUUUGCAAGCGUCUCAUGCAGGAUGGCCAGGGCUCUUGUGAAAAUGGACAUAGAUGAUGAGAACUAUAAGCUGACCACAAUUGUAGGCUACCAGGUGGGAGCAGAAGUCUGUGAAAACACUAAGGGACCCUUCUGCAAUCGAGUCCUGAAGCCAUCCUCAUUCUACAGGGUGAAUUUUUUUGUUUUGGAUGAAAAUGCUGUAGUAAGAGCUCACACAGAUUGGUCUGAUCCCAUCCAGACAAAUAAUGUGACAAGCUUCUCAGCCUAUGAUGGUUCAUUUGAAGGGAGAGCAGGAGGAAUGAUUGUGAUCACCGUGCUGCUUUCUGUUGGCAUGUUCUUGGUGGUGGUUGGUUUAAUUGUGGCAGCAGCUCUUGGAGGUAGAAAAUCCUAAAACUGGAAGUCAAGUUUGCCUUCCAGAAUGAUGCUGACAACAGAUAUGGAUAAAAUGGGGCCUAGGAGUCAA